UGCCUCCAGAGAAUGAAGCCGUCGGGGAUGAAGAAUGUGUGAAAAUCUGAUUUUAACAAACGUGGCGUUUAGAUAAGUUAGCUAUCAUAAAAGAUCUUAUCAGUAAUUUGUAGGCGGUGGUCUUUGGAGCGCUAUUUUUUAUUUCUUUUUGGAUAUAGCUGUUAGCUGUGGCGGUGGUCCGUUAGCUAAUCUGUCACACCCUAUGUGGUGUCGGGUCGUGGAUCUUUAAAUUAAUAAUACUGUGUGUAAUAUCAAGUUUGCAGAGUACCUCCAACUAAUUUUUAGUUAUUGUUACAUGUUCCUCACUUAAUGCACGGAUUUGACAGAAUUUUCUUCAUGGCAAAGUCUGCCUGGAAGAGUGCAGCCUCGAAACUAGCUGGAUAACUAUUUCCAGUUAUUUCCACACCCUUCCAGUUAAUUUUGUCACUAUGAAUGGUCCGAUGUACACCUUUGUUUCCCGCGAUGACAACAGCACCGUUUACGCAGAGGUUUCCAAAAUCCUCCUCUCAACCGGAAAGUGGAGAAGGCUCAAAAGAGACAAUCCCAGAUUCAACUUAAUGCUCGGUGAACGGAACAGACUGCCCUUUGGUUGGUUAGGUCAUGAACCAGGGCUGGUGCAGCUGGUAAAUUACUACAGAGGGGCAGACAAGCUUUGCAGAAAGGCUUCUUUGGUCAAGCUGAUAAAGACCAGCAAAGAACUCUCCGAUUUUUCUAACUGGUUCCCGGAAUCGUACAUCAUCUAUCCCACUGACCUCAAAACUCCAGUUGCUCCAGCGGAGAAUGGCAUUAGUCAUCUAAAGAACAAUCCCAAGACUGAUGAGCGGGAAGUGUUCUUGGCUUCCUAUCAUCUUAAAAAGGAAAGUGGGGAGGGAACAGUGUGGAUCGCCAAGUCAUCUGCUGGAGCUAAAGGUGCUGGUAUAUUGAUAUCCCAUGAUGCAAAUGAGUUGCUGGAGUACAUUGAUAAUCAGGAACAGGUUCAUGUUAUUCAGAAGUACUUGGAAAAACCUCUACUGCUGGAGCCAGGACAUCGGAAGUUUGACAUCAGGAGCUGGGUGAUGUUGGACCAUCAAUAUAAUAUCUAUUUAUACCGGGAGGGCGUGUUGCGGACUUCCUCAGAACCCUACAACAGCUCUGAUCUACAGGAUAUGACCAGUCACCUGACCAAUCACUGCAUUCAGAAGCAGCACUCACAGAACUACGGCCGAUAUGAGGAGGGGAAUGAAAUGUUCUUUAAUGAGUUCAGGCAGUAUUUGCUGAACACUCAUAAUGUCUCCUUGGAAACAACCAUAUUACCUCAAAUCAAGCAUAUCAUAAAGAGCUGCCUGACAUUCAUUGAACCAAGAAUCAGCACCAAACACCUGUCCUACCACAGCUUCCAGCUUUUUGGAUUUGACUUCAUGGUGGACCAGAGUUUCAAAGUGUGGCUCAUUGAGAUCAAUGGAGCUCCAGCCUGUGCACAGAAACUUUAUUCAGAACUAUGUCAAGGUAUUGUGGAUGUGGCCAUUUCCAGUGUCUUCAGCUUAAACACUGCCGGUGACUCGUCUGCUUCAUCUUCACCUUUUUCCUCCUCCUCUUCCUCUAUGAUCACCACGUCCUCCUGCUCCUCUCCCAAACCAAGAGCGCCCCUCCACGUGGGCCCAUUCACUCGACUGUAAGCACACACUCAUAGAAUAUCUCUUUCUUUGUCCCUCCUACUCAAAGCUGAGCUCUGUCCCGGUCUGAAUUUAUUUGAGAGAAUGCUGGGACGCCUAUAAUCUGUCCUUCCCUGCCACGCCUGCUCAGUGUUCUGAACUGCAGAAAUGAUCGCCCAAUAAUGCAGAUGUGACUGUGAUGUAAAAAAAAAACAAUCAAUUCUCUGGGACUUUCCAAAUGAGGACACAUUAUAUUUCAUACAAGAUGCACCAUCACUACUCCAUUAACAAAUGAAAGGAGAUCAGGAAAAUGCAGAGACACUUCAAAUGAGACUGUAGUGCCUUACAUCUCAUUAAAAAGGCUGCAAAUUAGCUUUUGUUCUUGUGACAUAUAAUCUAAAAUACUUUGCACUGCUGAUCUGGAACAUCCAGAAUAUUUCUGGUCACAAACUGAGUUCACAGCAAUUGGGAUACAUAAUUAAAUCGAGCAGUUAAGGUC